CACGUCCUACUGAUCUGGGCUACUUUUCUCCGCUCCACAAUCCAGUUCAUCUGUCAACAACAGGAUAAAAUAUUGACCAAAUGGAUUUCAAUAUUCUGCUAUGAUAAUGGGUCCUUUUAAAAAGCAAAAUUAUGAUAUGAGUACAGAAACAGCAGUAGAUGUUGAAACCGAUAUAUUUAUUGUGUUCAGUUUUAACUAAACAUAAAAAUGUCUAGUCCAGCAGGAGGUCCUAUUAUCGAGGCAUCUCAGGAGCCUGAAGAAUACCAACAAGCUUUAAAGAUAAUACUUGGUACUGUAGUUGGGGUUAUAGCUUUAGUUGGAAUUAUAGCUUUAGUUUUACUACUCUACAGACUGUGGAUAAAACAAAGAUAUGAAGAAGAAGAACGAAGAAGAAGAGCUAAUAACAUUCGUUCGGUUUCAGUGGAUUUAAACCAGAAACAAUUGGUUAGUGUGUUGUUACUGUACUCGGAUGACUUACCUGUACACGAGAAGGUGGCGCAAUCAUUGGCUGGUUUCUUGAUAGAAAGUUGUGAUUGCAAUGUCUUUUUUGAUUUAUUUGAAGAACAAAUAAUUCACAGUCGUGGUCUAGAUACGUGGUUGGUAGAACGUCUGCAGGAAGCUGAUAUUAUUAUGGUUUUAUGUAGUGUUGGGGCUCGUCUGCGCUGUUCUAAAAAACGAACGAGAUUUAAAGUUUCAAAUGAUAGAACUCUUCCUGAUUAUUUUGCCGUGGCAGUUGAUUAUGUGGGUGAAAAAAUGCGAGUUGAACGUCGUAAGGACCAGUCUUUGUCAAAAUUUGUAACGGUGCUCAUGGAUUAUUCUACACCAAGUGAUAUUCCACCACAACUUGAAACUGCCACCAAAUUUUGUUUGAUGAAAGAUAUUAACAAAUUAUACCAACAUAUUCAUGGACUCGAUGAUGCCUCAUCGAAAACUGAUGAAUCUUACCCAGUUACAGACAAAAACUACCAAAAAAGUGAGGUGGGCACAGAACUCUUUAUUGCGAUGGAACAAGCCAAAGAAUUUUUUCAAAAGAACCCAAACUGGGUAGAUGAUCGCCUAGAACAAAUGCCACCGCCUAGUUCAAAUAAAUCAAAAUCCAGACAUCAUAGAAAUAAUUCAUUGGAACAACCAUUACUUAAACAUUACAGUACAACGGACUCGAUAAAACCACAGAUCAGUUCACAAAUUAAUGCUUUGAUAGAAGUACAUACUUUACCUCAUCGAUCAAAUGAUAACCAUGAUAUAACUUACAACCCUCUUCCUUAUAGUCGACAAAACUCAUUACCAUCAUCACUUAGUAGCCAUCUUACAACACAAAUGUCAACAAAUCAAAUUAACAUAUCAAAAAGUUACGAAAUGAUACCGCUCACUGAACGAUUUUCAGAUAUUGAAAAUAGACCUUGUGUACUGUGUGGUCGGACACGGCAUGCUAGUGGCCAGUAUACUUGCCCUAAUUCAAAUCUGAGAAAACCAACGAUAGCUAUGGAGGAUGAAAUAGAUUCAGGUCAAUCAAAGAAUAAAAGUAAAUCAAUGCCCACUGUGUGUGCAAAUACUUUAACAAGUUCACAAACUGUCUUUCAAGCUGAGGUUUAUAAAGCAUGGGAUGACGGAGGAAGAAGUUCACCUACAGAUUCUCAUGAGACCGAUUCUAACCAGGGUUCGGACACCCUAGAACGUGAUAUAAGAUCAAUAACAGUGCCACCUACAUUUGAUCAAGUUCACUAUUCUGUAUCAUCAUAUUUAUUAAACGAACCAUUACCUCCUUCCAUUACAAUUGUACAUUCUACAUCCGAUCAUCGCAUCAGACCUGUUCCAACUCUGAUGAGGAUGGAACCAGCAUCAGAUGAUGACCAGGCUUUUCUCCUAUCAUGUGCAGGGAAAGCGAUAAUUUUACAGGAACUAUAGUAUUUAAUAUGGUCAGUAAUAGCAGGUUUCAGUAACCUUUAUUUAUUAAGGAAAUAAGCUAUGUUAAAUUACAGUUUGUACACAGUUAAAACUGGGGGUUAGGUUACAAUAACUGAUAUUGAUUAUAUCUACAGGCUGUGUUAGAUAUUUCCGCUAUUUUACCCACAUAACUUUAUGUUAUCAACUUGUAUUAGAUCUUCUCAAACAUAUUUUUCUAGUAUUAACUACUAUUUUUGUGUUAGAUACAGUAAGAUUACAACUAUUGCUUCGGGUCAUUUAAACAAUACAUUACAAUAUAAGGUUCAGUCAUCUGUUAGUAUAAUGAGGUUUAUUUUAAACCAGAUUUUGCUUGUAUUGGGGCAUUACAUUGAUUCUUACAAGAACAUGUUGUUAGAUUUUAUAGAAGAUUCCAGAAAGUUAAUUGGGUGUAUUUACAUGAAUAAUAUGAAUUUUGCACUAAAUAGUAGUGUUCUGCACAUAAGCAGUUGUUAAUUUAAGAACUAAAAGGCCCAUUAAACCUCUUCUCUGUUUAUUGUUUUGGUAAGGGGGAGACGGUGGUCAUAAUUUCUUGUACAAGUAUUUAUAACAUUUGACUAGUACCCUUCUAUAAAUCAAUUAUUGGGAAUGUAUUGAAAAUCAUUUAAAUUUUAAGUAAUAAAUACAAAUGGGCACAAAACCAGACCCAACUUUUGUAUUUGUACAGUAUUUUUUUGCGUAGAAUACGAUGCCGAGUGGUAAUCAGUCCGCCAUUGGGGUGUAUUUGAAAUAUUGGGGGUCAACGGUCAUUUACACUGAAAGUGAAUACGCAGCCAUUCUUGUAUCAUGAAAACAUGCUGAAAAUGAUCAAAACUAAUCACUCUUUCAAUAAAAAUGUAAACUUGCUAAAUUCACUUUUGUUCUUUGUGACAUUUAUUGCUUUAAAUCGUCCUAGUGCAAAAACGGAAAAUUUGACCUUUUGACCUCUGGGGUCACAAAGAACAAAGGUGAAUUUAGCACUCUGCAACAUAUUCUACGCAAAAUUUUACUAUAGAAAAGUUGGGUCUGGUUUUUGCCCAUUUGCCCCCCACACAGUACCUCCAGUCUAAUAGGUAGGAUUUUAGUUAAAGGAGAAGAUCCAUCUAUUUCUACAUUCUAACAAUAGAUGAUAACAACUUUUAAAACUUUCUAAAUUAAAUAUUGGGAUUGUGACGUGGCUGGCAAAACUAGAUCUAGCAAAUGUGGACAAUUGAAAACAGUAAGGUUAAUUUUGACACUCAAAAUACACAAAUUUAAUAAAAUCAUCCCCAUUAUGACCAUCUUCUUUAAUAAAAAUGUAAUUUACCUAUAGUGUACUGAUGUGUGGGAAGUAACUAUAACCACAUGAUAUAUUGUAAACUAAAAGAACUUCUGAUUCAGGAAUAUGUACAAUGGUUACCAAUUCAGAAAAGGCACAUUAGCAUGGCAUGGACCCAAGUGGACUAAGGUGAAUUUUUGUAGGAAUAUGCCCCCACCCCAUCCUCCUUGAAUACCCAAAAGCACUGGACAAGGCCCAUUUGCCAGUGACAGAUUUUAAAUUGUGAACCCUAUCAAAAUUCAGACACACACAUCAAAUAUUGUACAGUUAUUGCCCUAGAAGACUUUGUAAAUGCUCUACAGGUCAAUAUGUUUUAGAUUUAUUAUGAUGAUUUUUAACAUGUUGUAAUUGUUCAGGAACCAGGUAGUCAUAAUGAGGAAUCCUAUUGAUUUUCAGAACUACAGAAUUAUUGCCCCUGUCAUCCAAAGGUCAGAGUUUUAAACUUUCUGGAUUCUUUUGUCUGUUCACAAGGAGGAACCCUAUCAACAUUCAGAAUUAUGCAUCAAUUUAUGUCACUGAAACCUGUUUAGAUAUUUAAGGGCUUUUUUUUUUACCUCUCAAAUCAACCUUAACUUGGUAUCUGGUUUAAAAUAAGAGAAGACUUGCUUUUAUUUUAAUCAAACAACAUUUUUUAAAGCUCAAAUCUGCACAGUUUGUCACUUAAAGAGGCUUUAGCUGUUAGCGAUAAAAAGAAAUUUUAAAUUUCAACAUACACCGUAGUUAAAUCAGGACUGUUCAGAUAAGUUCAUAAUAAAAAUAUGUUACAGACAUGUGCAUAGCUGAGAUAUAGAGACUUUAACUACCGGUGGUUGAUUGGUUUUCAAGGAGCCUAGGGUUAUUUUAAAUAAUAAUAAUAAUAAUAUGUUAUUUAUCAAAAUUUGUUACUUUUAUUUUCAUGUUGAAAGUGGUUCCUCUAAAGGAUAGGAGUAUGACCAAAUGAAAUUUACCACAUAACUGUUGGUGUUCUUUCAAUAUCAAACAUUGUUGAUAAUCAAAGAUUGUCAAUUUCCUUUUAUUGUUAAUUAUUGUUCCUUGAUUGUUAAUAUCUUCAAAAUUGUUUAAUAUCAAUUUAAUAUUGUUUAACGUUUAAUAUACUUUUCUCCGUUUUAAUAGAUGUAUGAAUUUAUAAGCUAUAUGUUGUAAUAAUUUUACAUAUUAAUAUAUAAUGUAUAAUAAUUAUAGUGGUUAUAAAUUCAUAAGAAUAAUUAUUGUAUAUUUCAAAGUCAAAUUUGUAUAUUACUUGGUCUAAAAAUGUAUGUGGUCUUGUCAAUGUGAUUUUUCACUCAAAAGUUUUAUUUUGUUGCUGUUAGUGUUAAUGAUUUCAAGAUCUUGACUUAUUUUUUGUUGAUUAUGAUCCUUGAAGUAUGACACUUUAGAAAUGAAUUAGUCAGUAAUCUUUAUGAGGGUUAUAUCAUGCAUAAGGGUAUCAAAGACAAACUAAAAAGAAAAAUAUUACUGAUACAUUCAGCUAUGGUGUCUUACGUCAUAUUUAAUACAUUUCUUUUAACACAACUGCAAUAUGUCAAAUAAUCUCAAUCUGCAAUAAACAAAUUCUAUACCUUAAUCCCGAAAACAUUCCACAAAAUAAUUGCAAAUGUAUUUGGUCAUUUAUUACAUUCUUUUUUGAGGUGUUUUGGGGGUAUUUUUUCUCAAAACAUGUGGGUGUUUCCUGAAACUUGGUCAACUUUUGAUAUGAAUUGUGUUAGGUUCUUCAAACCAGACAGACUUACCGGUAUAUGGUGUAUUUGUGAUGCUUCCUUUUACAUUUGAUGUAGUUCAGAGUAUUCUUGUCAGACUUAUUAAAGAUGUGAUUGUUCUUAACAAACAACAUGUUGACAGAAUAUAAUUAGUGAUGCUCUUCAUCGAUCACCAUUUUGAAAUGAAAAAUCGGUAAUGAGCUGCAUGUAAUGUAUGUAGGGCAGGACGUUCGUUUUCAGUUUAGAAACAAUCAUUUGAGAAUAAAAUCAUUCACAGACCCUUCUCCCUUAUUAAAACCAGAUGAACUAAUUAUGAGAUCAUUAUCAGAUAUCUGCAUUAGAAUUACAUGCUGGCUUUAUUAGUAUGAUGGUACUUAGAAAGGCUUGAGAAAUACAAUACUAUCAAUUAAGUCAAGGUUUUACGCCAGAAAUAAUGGAAUAAUGUCACUUUAAAAUGAAAUGUGUCGACAAAAUUCUUCAUGGGGACAGCUCAGGAUGACUAAUGGUAUUGCACAUUUGACUAAACUUUACUCUCACAUGACACAAUAGCUUGGUGAUCUGUAUCUUUAAAUGAGAAAUGUGUGUAGUUGUAAUAUGAGAUAUUAUUUCUGUCAAAACUCAUGUAAAAUUGAUACGCAUCUUUAAUUUGUUGUUAAUGAGUUUAAUUCAGUGAUGCCAUCACUACAUGUAGUAAUGGGAUCCGGGUCACUAGAUUCCACAGUGAGUGUAUACCGAUGUCAUUUUGUGUCAUGUGGAAUUCCGAGCUACGUCCCUUGUGGAGAAGACAACAUUGGACAAACUAAUUGGAAAAAGACAAUAAUGGUAAUCGGGGACACACUGUAUGAUUGUUAAUUGAAGGUAAUUGGAUUAAUAAAUUUCUUAUUGUAUUCCCUUUUUUAACUAAAAGUGUUUCAGUAUUUAACAAUAGAACUAGUGUGUUAGUGUCAUGUUUUAGUGGUUCUAUGUUAAUCAAUAUAGUUCUACAUGAUUAAACUUCAACAAAUAUUUAUAAUACCAGAACUAAAAUCAUAUAAACAUGGUGUAUUCUACAUUAUCAAUCAAUUCAUCCUAAAAAAAUCCACAGAUUGUAUUGUUUGAAUUAUCACACUAUGAAUCUAACCACAGCCUCAUUAUAGAAUUAUUGACUUGGGAUAGUGCUUCUAAAAGAAUUUAAAAGUUAAUGACUUUGAGGGUUGAUAAUCCUUGUGGCAUCUGUAUCCAAUAUUUAUAAAUAUUUGAUUAUAUGAUAAUUGUGAAACAAUAUUAACUAGCUGGUUUUACAGUUAAUUUAGAUUUAAAUUGAAUUUUGAUAAAGGUUUAGUUAACCAUAGGGUAGUGUUUACUGACGUAUAAUUAUAUUUAUAUUCUGGGUGAAUUAUAUAUUUCUAUUUACAUAGUUUUAUAGUUACUAAUAAUAUUUACUUUUCUGAAAACUAUGUGCAAUGAUGUUUAUUUUAUUACAUGCCAGAAACAUGGAAUAAAAAAAAAAUUACAUACACUCUUAUUAUUAUUACAUAUUUUUCAAUUUUCAUAGUUACUUCUUUGAUAUUUGAAUGCGAGACUGAAUGAAAUUGUAAAUUAUUAUAUUUGAAUCGAUUUUGAUGAACUUUGAUCAAUGCAAUGUUUUGUGUAAACUAAUCAAAAUAAAUUAUAUAUUAUAUUUUACAUGUACAAUGCUUACACAUUACAUAUAUAAUUGUGAUAAGUAUAUAUGAUAAUAUGUAUUAAAAAUAAACUGUUUAAUACCA